UAACUUAGAAUGCGGUGGAAAGGGAUUGCAGCCUCUGAGGGAGGGGCCCUGGAAAAGCUCUGGGGUUGGUCCAGCUUUCGAUCUCUUUUCAUGGGGAAGCUGCCCACGCUCGCAAUCUCUUGUGGCGAACAACAAUUACGACUUUGAUCGGAUUCAGUUGCUUCGCGUCUCCGAGAUGGGUGCCUACACUCGACCUGUCGUGCGAACUGUACAGCUCCGUGCGCGGUUUUGCAAGCGAACUGUGAGGCAUUAUCAUGAACGGAUACGCAUUCUUCCGCCUGAUCCCGUGGCCCAACGAGAGAUUCAGUGGGAUGCAUGGCAAAUUGCUCUGUUGGAGGACAUCACAGAGCUGCAGGCGGUGAUUGCCGAGUUGAGGAGAGUUUGUGCUCGUGUGGCGAGGAUCACCGGUCUCGGCAACAAUUGGAGAUGACGAGGAGCCCCUUGCGAUGUCUGCAACAGGCGAAGUGCAAAUUGCAGGCAUCUUUUAGAUGUUUGGGUCCAAGAUGGAAAGAAUAGAUUGUAAAGAUCUUCUCGGGGCCGAGGCUCCAGGUUUUGAUAUCGUCAUGUGCGGGACAUCCUCUGUAGCAGAUCAAGCGGAGCCUCUUAUUUCCAAUUUUCCUCUGGUGCCAAGGAGUGGAGAGGGAUUUCGGAGGCGGCGGAAACUUGCAUCAUGACGUACGGUUGCUUCGACAUUCAUAACCGAUAUAGCUGUCCACUUGAUUCAUUGAACUUCCCGGUUCAAUCUGUGAUUUCGAGAUUGGACGAUGGCGCUCAAAGGCAGAGAUGAGCUGUCAUCCUGUACCAUUCUUGUCUCGAAUUGCUCCUUUACUGGUCGAAUGGAGAGAUUGUUGCUUUGGACGGAUGGAUUGCAGAGAAGUAGCCUUUAGGUCUGCAACUCUCAUUGUUUAUACCAUUGCAUGCAGCAAAGUCUAAGGAGUAAAUUCUGUGGAGGAGGGUACAUGGAAUACUAAAAGCCCUAACUUUUAUAUUCAGUAUUUUAUUCGAUUACAUGGAUUGAGAGUAUCUUCCGAUGUACGAUUGAUAUGAGGAUUACGGUUCAAGGGAUUGCUCUGGAGUGAUUGUUCUGCUCUUGCUCCACCGAAUUCUCUGAUUCUGCACCGCCCUCUUACGAUUCUACGAGGAUGCUGCACUAUUAUUGGACGUAGUAUCUACUUCUGUGUUAAGUUGUCCCCUGAUCCGCACUAUGUUCAAUGAGACACUGUCAGUAGUUUCUCAUCACACCGAGGAUGGUUUUGUAGGAAGAUUAUCUUGUUACUGAACAGUAGGGUAGAUAGACUGCUUUCAAAUUUCCUGCACCAAUUUAUAGUGUAAAGAGGAGGUUGGUGGUGUAAUAGUUGCAUUAGGAGAUACUUUUGGUCCAAUUUUGUGUAUUUUACACUGGACAAGGAUUCGUGAGGACAUACUUUGGGCACAUGCUCUUGAAGUGUAGCACUGUUACACCACCCAGCAGGUGUUGGGUAAACUGUUCAUUCAUCCCUUAUGUGAAAGAUCUCAGGGUGGAAGACUCAGGGUAGGUUUCAAAGAGAGGUGAAAAAAUAGAAGAGCGAGGCUUGACCUCCCAACAGACACUGUCCUUGAACUUCAUGAUUCUACGCGUCCAGUCUUUGAUUGUAAGAUAUUGAUGAUUUCUGUACUCUGUGUUUCUGCGUGUCUUGGGAGUUUGUCUCGGUGAUCAGUAUGUACGAAGUAUGCCUGCGUUUUAUGAUCUUCGGUUCCAUCUAGAGAAGAAAUUUUAGAUGCCAUUCAUGUAAAGACUACUUCGGACAUGUUCAGUUUAAAUUCUGAAGAGUUCUAAAGUUUCAGUGUCUUAGUUAAGUUCGAUAAUCCAAGAAAUCCAAUGUUUUGAGACAAAUUAUGACGGAAGAGACUUCGCAGAGGUGGAAGCACUGCCGACUUUGAACAUGUGUAUCGCACUGGUGUGAGGUCAAGAAGUUGACUUGCAAAUCAUCGAGGAAAUUUCGAACAUUCUCUUGAAGUGAAGAG